UACUAAUGCCUUAUUAUCAUGUUAAGUAAUUACACUUAGUUCUUACACAGUAUGUUUUUAUGAGAUUCCCUGCCCCUCUGAUUUUGUACUCCACUGUGACAAAGGAGCCAGAUGAAUGUAUAGUGAAUACAACUUACUUCCUAUCUCACUCUGUACUUUUCUCACAAUUAUUUUUCUCCAGAGGUAAAGGAAUGGUUUAGUGAUCAACCCAAGGAACGCUGAGCCAAGGUAACUGAUAUAAAUAGGUAGCACCAAGACAGCAGGCUGCUGAGACCUUCAAAUUCACAGUAACAAAAUGAUGCUGCGUUGCCUACAUGUAAAACGCUCCUGUUACUCCCAGCUAGAAGAGAGAACUGUUUCCUCCCUCCUCCUCCUUGGGAGGAUGAAAACAGAUCAGAACCUCAAACCAAUCCUUGCUCUGGCAGGAACUCAAAAGGUAGACUUGGGAGGGGUUGGAGGAAGAUAUAAAGGCUGGUAGCUGGAGACACAGAGCAACACUGAACCGGAGAGACUCAAGGGGAGGAGGAAUCAGAGACACCACAACACAAAGAUGAACCCAAAACUUCUUUUCUGCCCUGUAUUCCUCCUGCUGCUUGUUGUCAGUCAGAACCAAGCAAGGGCCAGGUCCAUUUCCAGCCUACAGAGUCUUUCCAAAUUAUUAAAUGAGGAUCUGGAGAAUCCACUGGUUUCAGAAGUGAUGGACCAGGAGCUAGAUGACAUGAUUCCAACAGGUGUCUUUGAUCAACAAGAGUCUGAGUUCCAGUGGACUCGAAACACCAGGGACCAGCCAGAGGGCACGUCCACUGGUGACAAUGCUGUCCAGAGAUUCUUCAGUGACCUCAUGGUUUUACCCCGGAGGUAUCGAGGCAGAAGCAAAAAGGGCCUAUCCAGGGGCUGUUUUGGUGUCAAGCUGGACAGAAUUGGGUCACUGAGUGGACUGGGAUGCUAACUGCUUACUAUGGACUGACUUUGAGGGCUCAAAGGACCUGUUGCCUCUCAGUAAGAAGCUCAACUCUUACUCACAUUGGCUCCACCAAUCCAUCUAUAGAUGAUGCACAGAACAAUUUGCCCUCCAACCCUCCCCAGAAUUACUUGGCCAACAGAAUACACCAUUGCUAUAUUGCUCAUUUGUAUCAGAGUGAUAAUUUGUGAGCAUCUGUCUGAAAUGUAAUAAUGAAGA